AUGUCGAGGCCGCAGCAGGUUGCGCGACCGAUCGUGCGGUCAUUACGACAAGUAACCGGCAGCACAACAGCAACAUGCUCGGCUCGGCCAAUUGGCAGCCGCCAGUUCUCGUCAACGCCGAGUCAGAAGGAUGAGACGCUGACGACAAGUACGACGGCAGAGCCCAGCGCGGAGGCUCAGAAGCUCGCCGCCGAUGCUGCUCUGCUCGGCCAAAAGAAGGCGUCACACUUAGCCUCGAUGAUCAAGCAGGGACCCGAGGAGCAGCUCUCUCAGUUCCUGUCGCCACAGCUCGGAUCCCGGAGAAGACGUGCCGCCUUAGCGACCACGGGCAACGUUCCCUUCGAGCAGUUACCGUACCAGUGCUUCCAGGAGGCCCGCAAGAUUCUAGCGCAGGAUCGCGAGGACAAGGUGGCGAAGAUCCUUGCGGAGAAUGAGAAGAUCAAGCGCCUAGAGGAGACCGACGCAAGCACUUUCCGCGGAGGCGAGGAGUACAAGCGGAAGCGGUUAGAAAGUAUGAGGGCAUACGUCGAGAGGCUCAAGAUCCUGGCGGACAUCAACGACCCAAUGGUGAAGAGGCGCUUUGAGGACGGCCAGGGCGACAUGAACAAGCCCAUCUACCGCUACCUCGCCCACCGCAAGUGGUCUUCGAUGGAGCGCGAGAUCAUCCUGCAGCGCAUCAAGCAGUUCCACAUCGUGCCGGAUCUCCUGCCCAAGUUCGAGCCAACCAUGGAUGUCAAGUUGACUUUCCGCGGCUACAAGGUGUCCCCCGGCGCCAUCCUCAACAGCCGCAUGACCGAGACGGCGCCGACGCUCCGCAUGCAGGUCUUCGACAAAGGGGAACGGCUCUUCUCCAUUGUGGUCAUGGACUCUGACGUACCGGAUCCCGAGUCCGACUCGUUCGGGAAGCGCCUCCACUUCCUGGCGACCAACGUCCCCUGGAGCCCCACCAAGACCUCGCUACCCCUGACGCGGCUAAGCAGCGGCUCUGCCGAAGACGGCCCGGAGCUUGGUGCCCUCGCCGUCCCAUGGCUGCCUGCCUUCGCCCAAAAGGGGGCGCCCUACCACCGCCUCAGCGUCUUCGUGCUCCAGCACAACAACAACGAGCCCCUCGACACGGCUAAACUGAAGGAGCUUUACGACGGGGCAGGCCGCGAUGGCUUCAGCCUCAAGAGCUUCCGCGACAAGUUCGGCCUGACGCCCGUCGGGUUCAAUAUGUUCCGGACGGUGUGGGACGAGAACACGGCCGAUGUCAUGGCGCGCCACGGCAUCCCGGGCGCCGACACCGAGUUCAAGAGGCAGCGCGUCGUGUCGCUCAAGCCGCCGCGCAAGGCACGCGGUUGGGAGGCCAAGCGCCAGAAGCCCAAGUACCGCUCGCUCUGGAAGUACACCAAGCGGAUCAAGGGGCUCAAGUACUAG